AUGCCUGCCCUUCUUUCCUGGCUACGACGAAUCUAUUCGCUCGACACCCUCGACACUCGCUUCACCUCCACCGCAACUACCCCCGGGGUCACUGCCGCUGACACGAGACCUCCAGCCGCCAAAGAUGCUCGAGCGAACGCUAUCGCCCAGGGCAGGCCAGCGCCACUCUGGCGCACGCCUGAAUUCUUCAUCUACUAUCUCUUCUUCAUCACGCUCGUUCCAUUGAUGUUCAAAACAGUUGUGGAUGCUUCCAAGGACACACAUCCUAUCUAUCCCACAUACUCCCACCUUCUUUCACAGGGCUGGAUCCCCGGUCGUCUUGUUGACAACUCCGAUGCGCAAUACGCGGGCUUCCGCGACAAUUUCCCUUAUCUUUUGUUGCUUCUCAUUGCUCAUCCACUUUUGCGACGUAUCUAUCAACGAUGUACGGCGCCUUCGAACGCGGAUCACAGAAUUGCCCGAUCCGCCAAUGCCGCUGCAGAUGGGCAGCUAGAGCAGCGCAUGCGCUUUGACUUUGCAUUCGGCCUCGUAUUCAUUACCGCGCUUCAUGGCAUUUCGGCCCUCAAAAUAUUGGCAAUCCUCGUCAUGAACUACAAGAUUGGGAAAAGCCUCCCCCGGUCUUAUGUUCCUAUUGCGACGUGGACCUUCAAUAUCUGCAUCUUGUUCGCCAAUGAGUUGUGCAGAGGGUACCAACUUGAGGUCCUUGCGACGAUUAUUUCCCCGGGCCCCGGGUCCUCGGGUGAAAAACACACCCUACUCGUUCAAUGGGCCAAGAGUCUCGAUAGCUUUGGCGGUAUCAUGCCCCGAUGGGAAGUCCUGUUCAAGGUCACGAUUUUGCGUCUGAUCAGCUUUAACAUGGACCACCACUGGAGUCUCCACUACCCUACGGCCAAUGCGCUCGAAAAGAAACAACUCGACCCCGCGAAUCUCUCUGACCGAGAUCGUGUCAAGAUCCCGCCUGAGCCUUCAGCAUUCAGUCUGCGAAACUACAUCGCCUAUGUUCUCUAUUCACCCUUGUUCCUCGCCGGUCCAAUCCUCACCUUCAACGACUACGUCUCGCAGCAACGCUACAAGGCGCCGUCGCUGACCUCAACACGCACCCUGCUUUACGGCAUCCGUUUUCUUCUCACUUUGUUGUGUAUGGAGCUUAUUCUCCACUACAUUUACGCCGUUGCCAUCUCAAAGUCUUCCCCGAAUUGGUCUCUCUUUACGCCUGGCCAGCUGAGCAUGCUUGCUUUCUUUAACCUGCAUAUCAUCUGGCUUAAGCUGCUGAUUCCCUGGCGAUUCUUCCGACUCUGGGCGCUUAUUGACGGGAUCGACCCCCCAGAGAACAUGGUGCGCUGCAUGUCGAACAAUUAUUCCGCCCUCGCAUUUUGGCGUGGCUGGCAUCGUUCGUACAACCGCUGGAUUGUCCGCUACGUGUACGUGCCUUUAGGCGGAGCCGGCGGUGGACGAAGUCCUUCCGGAACCAAGUCAUCCUCGCAGUCAGGUCUGAUGUCCAAAUUCUUGCAAAUCCGCAACUUCUUGUUAGUGUUCACUUUUGUGGCCCUGUGGCACGACAUCAACCUGCGCCUGUUGAUGUGGAGCUGGCUCAUCACACUGUUUGUGUUGCCCGAGGUAUUGGGUGGAAUGCUCUUCCCUGCCAGCCGAUGGCGCUCACGUCCCACUGCAUACCGUGUUUUGGCCGGCAUCGGAUCCGUGGGCAACGUGCUUAUGCUGAUGAUUGCCAAUUUGGUGGGCUUUGCGCUCGGGCUCGAUGGUCUUCAAGAGCUGCUGAGUAGCCUUACCGGGUCAUACUCUGGUGUGGCGUAUAUGAUCUCUUGCUGCGCCGUGCUCUUCGUCGGAGUGCAGGUCAUGUUUGAGAUUCGUGAAGACGAACUCCGAGCCGGUAUCAACUUGAAGUGUUGA